GAGGAGGAGGAGGUGGUCGUGUUAUUGAACGGCCCGGGAAGUUGCGCUGCAGGGGUGGGACUUUGUUUCUGCAGUCGCUCGGUCGCGGCUGGUCGUGGACUCACACAGAAAUGCCUCUCACAGCAUCUUUGCACACUCCAGCACAGAGCAGCAGCAGCAGCAGGAGAAACAGAGCUCGCUCCUCCUCCUCCUCCUCCUUCACCUCCUCCUCUUCUUUCUUCACUCCUUAUCUUCAAUCCUCCCUCUGAACCGCCUGGAUGCGCUGAAACCGGAGCAGUGUGAAGGCUUUUUCUUCUCCCCCCUCUCCUCCUUUACCUUCUCCUCCUUCACCUCCUUUCUCCUCUCCCGGGAUACAGACUGGAGCAGCGCCGCUGUCAUUGGAUGGAGAGAGGCGUCUAAAGAAGGGAGAGUGGUGGAGUUGCUCUACCUCCUCCUUCUCCUCCACCUCCGUCCUUCUUGCUCCCUACUGCACCAAAAGAAAACUCCGGGCUGGCUGCAGCACCAUGUCCUCAGCUCAAAGUGAGGAUAUAUCAGGCUACCAUCUGAGUGUGGUGCGUAACCCACCCGGCUGGGAGGUGGGCAUAUAUCUGGUGGGCUUCUUCGUGCUGCUGGUUGUGGCUGGGCUCAACAUCUGGAAGCUGUGGAAAUCUGGAACAUUCCCCACACCCUCGCCCUUCCCCAACUUUGAUUACAGAUACCUGCAGGAAAAAUAUGGAAACUCCUUUUCAGAAGUCAGACAAAAGAGAGUGGCUGCGAACAACCACAGGCGGACUUCGACCGCCUAGCCGCCCAGCCUGGCCCUGGGUGACACCCCUGAUGUGUUCAGGGACCUGGGCCACCUGGAGCUGAUGAGCAGGGAACUGGACCCGACCGGCCUGGCCCAGCUGAACCGAUCCAUCUCCACGGCCUCUCUCAGCUCCAUCUCCUCCAUCGCCAACAACUUUGGCCACGACUUCACCGUGGGGCAGUUGGAGGUGACACUGGAGUUCGAAGCCUCCAGGCAGCCGGGGCAGGGAGUGGGACUGCUGCACAUCACCCUGCACCAGGGCAAAGACCUGCUGGAGAGGGAGGAGGGAGACUUCCCAGGCUGCUUCAUCAGAGUCUCGCUGGGGCCGGAGGAGCUGAAUGUUGGCGUCACGCGGGUCCAGACGAAUGCGUUUACAGUGAUUUUUGAUGAGCGAUUUUCUAUUCCGAUGGACAUUUCCUCACUGGACGAGUACAGCCUGCGCUUUGCUGCUUUUGGUAUAGAUGCUGACGAGAGAAACAUCAGCGCAGGAGUUGCCGAGCUGAAGCUGUCAGACCUGGACCUGACCAUCAGGCCAUUCAACGCUUGGCUCUACCUCCAGGAUGUCAACAAGGCUGUGGACGCAGUCGGGGAGAUUCUGCUGUCUCUUAGUUAUUUACCUACAGCGGAGCGCCUCACUGUGGUGGUGGCCAAGUGCAAGAAUCUAGUGUGGACCAAUGGAAAGAACACAGCAGAUCCUUUCGUCAAAGUUUAUCUGCUGCAAGACGGCAGGAAGAUAAGCAAGAAGAAGACCUCCACCAAAAGGGACGACACGAACCCCAUCUUCAACGAAGCCAUGAUCUUCUCUGUGCCCUCCAGUGUCCUGCAGGAACUCUCCUUAAGGGUGACAGUGGCUGAAUCCACAGACGACGGCCGGGGAGAGAACCUCGGUCAUGUGAUCAUUGGCCCAGAGGCCAGCGGGAUGGGCAUCACCCACUGGAACCAGAUGUUGGCCACCCUGAGGAAGCCUGUCUCCAUGUGGCACCCGCUGCGCAGGAUCUAGUUCAUUCUGGUCUGGUCCACGUCAGACCUGUUUUGAGUAAACACUCUACUCUUUGUGUUCUUGUUAGUUCUUUCCUAACUCUUGCGCUAAUCUAAAGCCCGGGUUAGGAAUUAAAAGUGUGGUCCAGAGGUGUGUGUGUGUGUGUGUGAUUGUGUGUGUGUGUUUAGUAAUAAAUUUGAGUCAACACUUUAUUACUAUUUAAAGGGAAAACAAGUGAAAAGGAAGUGUUUCGCUCUUAUUUGGCAUGUAUGUGACUGAACCUCACAUUUUAAUCCUGCCUUUAUCAUCUGGCUUCAUUUAGAUUUGGAUGUGACACGGUGGAUAUUUAAAAAAGGGCAGAAUGGCUGUUUUUUUUAUUUUUUUUAUCUGCUUCAGUCAGUGUGGUAGAAUUUGAACGAAGGCCAAUCCUUUAUCAAUGGUGUUGAUCAGAAACCCUGUUCUGGACUUUAGAGUUAGUAUUUAUCAAGAAGGAAACUGAACAACUCUCCUUUCUGCAUGGUGCCGACUCUGCUAGUAGCCUGUAAUAGUGGUGUAGAGAAUGAGAGACUGACUUGAAGGGGGCGAUGGCCGCUCUUUCAGGAAAACCCAGUUUGUUUUCAUCAAACUGGCCAUUGAUUUGGCCUACCCAGCUAAAAUGUGUUGGGUUUGCUCUGUUGGAUUUGACUGUGUACUUUGUAAACAGUGGGAAUGACAAAUAAAAGUGGUUUGGGUAAGUUUAGUAUUUAUUGUACUUUUAGGGUGGCGGGGGUGGGGGGAUCCAGGUACUCUAAUCCAGGUGACAUCCAUGUAAUUUGUAGCAGUAGUUACAGGGUGGCCAAAUCAGAUGUAAUUGUAAGCAUACGAAUGUUAUGUCACACACUUUUAUUUUUAACAAUGCAAUACUAGUUGCAUAAGCGUAUUUAACAGUGUAAAUAGUGUCAUUCACCACAGUCUGUCAUUUUCUCUGAAGACUUGCAAUUUUUGCAAUUUUUUCGUUAUCUGAUAGUUCAUUGACUUUCAAACCAACUUCAGUGUUGUUGCUGAUUACAGAAAUGUUAUAAAAACACCUCUGGGAAAUCUAACUUGUGAUGUAAUAUACAGUAUAUAUAUUUACCCCUUAAAGGGUUCUUUAUUCUUUAUUUUAUG